AUGUCCAUAAAUGCUAUUGAUAAAUUAUUCAAUGUAUUGCCUGACCUUUAUCAUCAAAGACAAGCAAGAAAAAAAUUUCGUCGAUUUAUUAAUGAUGAAUUAGUAUGGCGUGCACAAUAUGAAUUACUUAAUGGACUUUAUUGUCUUGAUCGCAUAUCAUCGGUGAUUAAAGAAUCUAAUGAAAAAAUUCAAGCUUUAUUAGAAGAUGGAUCUUAUAGAUUUGAUCGUGUUAAUCCUAAUUUAUUUACAUAUGACCAAACAAAUCUUAUUAUUCGAAAUGUCACAGAUGAUGAAGUACUUGAUGAUCCAACAUUAGAACGAAAAUUUGAAUUUAAUUUUACACAAUCAGAUGUCAAAGAUCGUGUGGAAAUAAUUAAUGAAUUACUUAUUGGACAAAUAUCGGAUCCAACUAUUUAUUUAAAUCAAAAAGGUGAUGAAGCAAGUUCAGUUCGUGAUCGUAAACAAAUCUCUCCUAAUCGUCCAUCUCCAUCGAAAAAAUUAUCAACAUCUAUUUCACCACGUCGUGAAGUUAGUGAUUUAUAUCGUCAAAAAACAGAUUUUAAUUUCAAUGAUCCAUAUGGAUUUAAACGUGUUCGUGCAUAUCUUGAUCGUUUUUAUUUACAUUAUCGUCAUUCAAUUGUAUUUGCAUAUCGUUCAAAUAAUUGGACAUUAUUACAAAAUACUUCUAAAUCAUUUUAUGAUUCAAUUGAACAACUUACACAAUAUUUAUCUAUAACAACAUUAAAUAAAAUAUUUUCAUUAAAUGCAUUACUUUCACAUGGUUAUCAAACAAUGUUUAUAGCAAGUGAAUUACUUCUUGAUAUGCUCUAUCGUACAAAACCAUUUUAUGAUAAUAAUAAUGAUAAAAUAAUAAAUACAAAUACAAAUAAAUUGAAUCAAUGGUUUACUAAUAUUGAAUGUUCAUGGACAAGUACAACAUUUAAUUUUGAACAACCACAAGAUCGAACUAUAUUAAUUGAUUUAAGAUUUAUUAGAAAAUUUAUUUUACGUACAUUACAUGCAUUAUAUGUAGCUGCUAAAUGGGAAAAAUUAGGAACAAUAGCUAUUAAAUUUAAUGCUCUAUCGGAUCAUUAUUUUGCUGAUUUAACGAGUCCAUUAUUAAUUGCAGCUCAAACAGCUUUAAUACAACAAUUACGUGAUAAACAAAAUUCAAUUGAUCAACCACAUUUUGAUGAAGCUAUUGCUACUCUUGGUCGACCAAUACAUCCCGAUGAUUUUUAUACACUACGACCAGAGAAAUUAUUUAAAAUAGCUAAGCACACAGGUGAAAAUGCAGAAAGAGUACGUUCAGCAUCAACUUUAAGUCUUGGUGCUCGGCUUGAUCCUAAAGGAACUGAUUAUUAUGCUCAAACAAAUCGUGCAUUAGAAUUAAUUAGUAUUCCACUUGAUGUUGAAUGUAGUCGUAAACUUUUACGACAAGCAUUAGAUAAAACUUACUAUUCAUCUCGUUCAAUAAUUGAAUGUCGAAAAAUGUUAGCUUUCUAUAUAUAUAAACAAGAACAACAAUUAGCCAAAGACUUUUUAAUAUUUACCCCUAUGAUUGAAAAUAUUCAAGAACAUAAUGAAGAACCGUCAACAAAAAAAGAAUCAAUAUCAACACUACAUUAUCGACCAUUAACAGCUGGUGAACCAUUAGAAUUUUCUCCAUUGAUUAAUAAUAAAAUUGAUACAUCACCAUCAGCUCAAAUUACAAAAGAAUCAGUGAUUGAAGCUUAUCAAACAAUAUCAAAAUUAUUAUUGGGUCAAAAUCGUCGUGAUCAAUAUUGUCAAGUGUUAACUGAACUAGGUGAUUUAUAUUUUCAUUGUGAUAAAUCAAUGGAAUCAAAAACAGCAUGGUGUAAUGUUAUUGAUACGAUACUUGAUGGUCAUGAUGUUGUAACAACAUGGUUUAAAAAUGAUACAUUAAAGCAUUUACUUUCAAAUCGAGGAAAAUUACUUGAAAAAUGUGGUAUUUGGGGAUGUUUAUUAGGUGCUAUUGUAACAUGUAAAUUAACUAAAUAUCAUAUUCAUAUUAAUUGUGAUCAACAUCUUCAAACAUGUUUAUUAAGUUCAUAUUUUUUACGUUCAAUCUUUUUUUAUAGUUUACCACAUUCAGAACAUGAUAUUGAUUAUGCAACAUUAUUUAUUGAUAAUUCAAUAUAUAUAUGGCCUGGUAUUCAAUUAACAAGUGAUGAAUUUCGUUUAAAUCCUCGAUCAUUGAUGGAUACUUUAGCUUAUAUAUCUGAAUCUCUUAUUCGUCAUGAUAUUUGUCUUCAUACUCUUCCUAUUAUUGCUCUUUAUGAUGUAUUUGCUUUACAUUGUCGGAAUUUACAACAUACAGUACAAGCACGAUUAAUACGUCUACGUGCACUUAUUCAACUUGAUCUAUUUCAUGAAGCACAUAUAGUUAUACAAAUACUUUUGGAUGGACAAAAAUUACCAAGUACACAAUUAGCUGGACAUUAUCGAUCAAGUAAUGCUGAUAGUAGUUCAUCAAAAUUUAAACCACAAUAUUUUGAUAAUUCAAAAAGUAUCAUGUCCGAUUAUAAUAUAGGAAUAUUGGAUGCACUUCUAACGGUUAAACUCUCUCCAGCAAUGUCUCGUCUCUAUGGGUCACAUCUAUCUAUUGAAUUUCAUUAUCUUUUGUCAUUAUUUUUUGUUCGUCUUGCUUCACGAAUUCCAAUUAUUGCCAAUUUGGAUCUAUUUCAAAGUAGUGAAUUAAAACAAACUUUAACAACAACAAAUGAUUCACGUUCUAAAGCAGGUGUUAGUGGUUCUCGAAUAACAUCAGCAACAAAAUUAAAAUUAGUUGCUUUUCAUGAUGAAACAACACGUUCAUUUGUUCAUAUAAAAUCUUAUCUUGUUGGUACAGGAAAAUUAUUUGCAGAAAGAUGUUUAAGUGUAUUACAACAAACCGAUGAAAUGUCCCGUGAUUAUCCAUCAAAUUUACAAUCAUUUGAAUAUCAACUACUUAUUGAUUGUUUAUCAUUAUUAUCUGAAUGUGCACAUCAAUGUCAUUUAGAUCAAUUAGCUGCAAGAUAUGCAAUGGAAUCAUUGAAAAUUUUAUCUAUGAUUGGUGAAGAUAAUAUUAAUGAAAGAAAAGUAGCUAGUGGAUCAGCCAAACGUAAACCAUCAUAUCCACGUUUAAGUGCUGUAAGUCGAUAUCCACGAAAAAAAUUAAAUGCAUUAAAUAUUCUUUUUAAUACACGUUAUUCACAUAAUUUAACUGUGUAUACAUGGUUAAAACAACGUGCUUAUCUUUGUUAUGUUAUGUUACAACAAAUAAAUACAUUAGGAAAAGUAAAAGGUAUAGAUGAUCAUAUACGUGAAGAAUUUGCUAAUGUUAAUGUUUAUAUUGAACAUGGAUUAAAUGAAUCUGAAGAAUAUCAAUGUGAAUCAAUGUAUGCAACAUUUUUACUUUAUAAAUCAUUAUAUAAUUUAAGUGAAUUAGUAAAUAUUAAUGAUAAUAUUCAAGAAUUAAAUACAGCAUUAGAAUUAUUUCAAUCAGUUUUAGUUGUUAAACAAAACAAUAUUAUCUCAAUUGAUAUUUUAUAUAAAAAAUUAUUAACACAAAUACUUCUUUGGGAACAUCUAUGUGUUCAAGAUUUAGAUGGAACUGCUUUAAAAUUAAUUGGAGAAAAAGAAAAUGAUAAAUUACAAUCGUCUAUACUAGAUUUUUUUGUUCAAAUGCGUGAACGUAUUCAAAUGACAAGUUCUAAUCAUAAGCAUGAUUGGUUUUCUAUGCCAAUUACACCAUUAAAUAAUCUAUAUUCAUCUUUACUUCUUCCACUUGUAUUUGCUAAAUUACGUACAGCAACAAUAAUUAUUGAUUAUGCAUACCGUUCAUUUAAUGAAAACCCAACAAUGAAUGAUUUAUUUGAAAAUGCUCAAAUACUUUUUCGUCAAUGUUUAACACUUAAUGAAUUAAUAGUCGAACGUUAUGUUAAUAUUGAUUAUGAAUGUCUUUUACAUUUAGCUCGUAUAAAUCGUUUACAAAAACGUACUACAUUAACAACAACAACAACAACAACAACAUCAACAAUACCAUUAAAAACAAUCGUACAACAAUUAUUAGAUGCUAUACGUUUUUGUUAUUUAAGUACAAAUGAUAGUCAAUUUAUUCAAACAUGUUAUUUUGAAUUGGCUACUGUUUUACUUGAAUAUACACAAAUAUCAAGUGCAAAAGGAAGAAAAUCAUCAGCAAAAUCAGUACCAAUUGUUGAAUCGAAUGAACAGCCAUCAACACCAUCAACAACUGAUCGACCAUCAAUAUUAAAACAAAGACAAACAAAUGUCCGUUCAAGUUUGAGUGUUCUUAGUGAUAGUGCACGGCGUCAACAACAACAAUUAAAACAAGCAGCAGCUGUUGCUAUACGUGCAGCAACACAAUUAGCACUUAAUCAAAAAAAACGAGUACAAUUACCUGGUUUAGCUGAAGAAUUUUCUGAUACUAAUGAAUUACAUUGGCCAAUAUAUAUAGCAGGUGAUAUAAUUGGUUAUUUUGUAUUUCCGGAACGUCGACGUAUUUAUAGAAGUGAAGCCGAACGAGAAAUUCUUACAUUAGCUCCACAUUUCGAAACAAAAUCUUUACCAGAAUCAUUCGAUUCAAAACUUGAUCGUCUAAAUAUAGCUGCAACACAAGAUAUAACAUGGUUACAUCUUUUGAAUUAUCAAAAUGCUGUUGCUAAACGUAUUGAUAAUCGUCAAUUACUUUCAUUGGAUUGUGAUGCUGUUGGCCGUUCAAAUCUUUUUUUCUUACAUGUUUUUCCACGUUUUAUUGGUGUUACACAAACAUUACAAUCAUUAUCACAUUAUUCAUCACAAUGUAUUGCUAUAUAUCCAUCAGAAAUUUAUACUCAAAAUGUUCUACAAAUAACAUCAUUAUCAACAGAUAAAUUACCACAACGAGCAUCAGUAUCAUCAGCACGUACAUUGCGUAGUGCACAAACAAGUGCAAGUGGAAUGAAUUUAAUUAAUGAUGAUGAUCUAGGACAAUGUCCAAAUAUUAAUUUAAAUAUGAUAAAGCGUGAAUUACCAGAUUAUCAACCAACAGCUAGUUUUAGUUUAGCAUGGUACUCUUCGAAUACAUUACGAAUAAAUACAACAAAAAUACAAAAUCAACAAUCAUCAUCUAUAUAUGGUUUUUAUACAACAGCUAAAGAUGAUUUUAUUAAUGUAGUUUCAGUAUCAUUAGAUCAAUUACUUAAUAUUUAUAAAAAAUAUUUACCUAUUGCUCAAGUUGCUGAAACUGAUCCAAAACAAAUUAAUCAAAGUCAAAUACAUUCGAUUCUACAAGAAUUAUUUAAUCUUUUAACUGGAGAAGAAACAAUAAAAGCAACUAAUGAUGACGAAACUUUAACCAAAAUAAUACCUCGUUUAACUGAUUCAAAGGCAUAUGUUGAACUUGAAUGUUUUCUUAAUGCUAAAUUCGGAGCACAAACAAAUAAUACAAAUCUUCGUGAUUGGUUUAUUAAUACAUUAAAACAAUCUUCAAAAACACUUUUCUCAACUCAGGAUUAA